AUGAACAGCAUACCCAUGGCGAAUGCGGAAUCCGACAUCGAUAGAGACGGGCAUCAUCCCGAUAAUGAGGUUGGACUCCGGCAUCGUGAUGAAAAUCUAGAGCCUGCAGUCGACGAUGAGCAAAAGAUAGCCACGACCUCCGCAUACGCGGCUGACAAGAUGUCAAUUACCCAUGAAUGCGUCUUCAUCGCAACGAUAUGCACGGCUCAAUUCACGACACAAGUAGGCUUAACGCAAACACUUGGCAUCCUGCAUCAGAUCGGCGACAGCUUCGGUAUCACGAACCCAGGUGUACUUUCUUGGUUUAUUGCUGGCUAUAGCUUGACCUCGGGGACCUUUAUUCUCAUUGCCGGCCGACUGGGGGAUCUCUUUGGUCACAAGAGGGUUUUUUUCAUCGGCAUGCUGUGGUUCGCUCUCUGGACUAUGGUUGCGGGGCUCAGCGUCUAUUCUAAUCAGUACCUGUUUAUAUUCGCCAGAGUGUUUCAGGGACUGGGCCCUGCUGCUGUACUACCCAACGGGCUUGCGCUGCUAGGGAUUUCCUAUCGCCCGGGAGCGAGGAAAAACAUGGCAUUUGCGUUAUUCGGUGCCUGUGCUCCAGGUGGUGGCGUGUUUGGUCUAGUAUUCUCCGGUCUGUUUACACUAGCUUGGUGGCCGUGGGCAUUCUGGAGCUACGCCAUCACGCUGGUGCUACUUGCUGCCCUCAGUGCCCUAGUCAUCCCAGCACAAAGCCGCUCUCGCGACCAAGACAAGCCGCUUAGAGAAAAGCUCCAAAUGCUCGACAUCCCCGGAGCCGUCACCGGCGUCGCAGCGCUGGUGCUGUUCAAUUUUGCAUGGAACCAAGCUCCAGCAUACGGCUGGCAGCAACCGUAUAUCUAUGUCGCUCUAAUACUCGGUGUUCUUUUCGCGGUUUCGUUCUUCUUCAUCGAGACUCGCUGGUCCAAGACGCCGCUUGUACCCUUCCAGGUCUUUACUGGUGAUAUCACUUUUGUUGUGGUCUGCGUCGCCUGUGGCUGGGCCUGCUUCGGUAUCUGGAUCUUCUACGUGACGCAGUUCAUCGAGGUUCUGAGGGGUGGUUCGCCGUUGCUCAACGCCGCGUACAUCUGCCCUGUCGCCGUCUCGGGCGCGUUCGCGUCCGUGACUACGGGCUUUCUGCUGCAGCGCAUACGCGCCGCGUGGGUCGUGGCAUUCUCGCUCAUGUGUUUCAUGGUGGGGACUAUCCUUGUGGCGACGGCGCCGGUGCAUCAAACGUACUGGGCCCAGUUGUUUGUGUGCAUGCUGAUUAUCCCGUGGAGUAUGGACACGUCGUUUCCGGCGGCAACGGUUAUUUUCUCCAACGCUGUUAAGAAGGAGCAUCAGGGGAUGGGCGGGGCCUUGAUUGGCACGAUCGUCAAUUAUAGUAUCUCGCUUGGGUUGGGAUUUGCGGGCACGAUCGAGGUGCAUGUCAACCAUGGUGGCACGACCCCAGCUGAUAUUCUGCAAGGGUAUCGUGGCGCUUGGUAUUUUGGUAUCGGGUUGACUGGGAUAGGCAUUGUCUUGAGUCUGAUCUUUGUCGUGAAGGUGUAUUGGCAUGACGUCAAGGAACGACGGAGCCUAGAAGCGAGACAUUAG